AUGGGAAGCCAACCGAAAAAAGAUUUUAGUGUUGCAUUUCUUUUACGAGAUAAUAAUAAUAAUGAAUGUGAUUAUACAUAUCCUUCGAAUGGUAGUAGUCCAUCAAAAUCAUCAUGUUCACCAUCAAAUUGGAAUUCAAUUCCAUUGGUAAAUAAUCUUAAUAAUAGUACAUUAACAACAAAUUCCAAUUCAUAUUGGUUAUCUGAUCAAUUUGAUACAAAAAUUUCUUCAUUACGUAAACAUAAAAAUGGUCGAAAACCUCGAACACCAUUUAGUACAACACAAUUACUUGCAUUAGAAAAAAAAUUUCAUCAACGACAUUAUUUAUCUAUAUCGGAACGUGCAGAAUUUUCAUCAUCACUUAAUUUAACUGAAACACAAGUUAAAAUUUGGUUUCAAAAUCGUCGAGCCAAAGAAAAACGUUUAUCAGAAGCUGAAUUAGAAAAAUAUCGUUUUAUUCAAAUAAAAGAACAAUUAGCUAAGCAAUUUGAAAUAAAUUCAACUUAUUUUCCCUUUUGA